ACAUGCAAUUACUGGCUACUACAGAUUUAAAGAUGAUAUCCUAAUAUUAUGGAAUUGGAGGCAAUUUAAUGACUUGCCCACUCCCAUUAACGUAUCCUCUCAGAUGAGUGAAGAAAGUAUUCCAUUAUUUGCAUUUGGAGAUUUUUCCUAAAAAAUGCACAUUUGAAGUGUACAUGGACCAAAAUAGUAUAUUACAUAUACACCCAUGUGCACACACAUCAUCUUAAAAACCAUUACCUCACUCUCAAUUUCUUCAGUAGUAGGAAAUAGCUUGAAUGGAGAGAGGAGAAACGAUGCAUAAUUAAUUUCUGAACAGAGUCUAUCAUCAAAAGGACUCACAGGUAGCCCCCGUAAAGGACAAGAAUUGUGCUCUUUGCUUCACAUUUCUAGUAUCUUGCAAGAACCUAGCACAGCAUGGUUUAUAUAGUUAGUGGUGUAGUUAGAUAUUUUUACCUCUUUUUUGAUUUCUUUUAUUCCUUCCAUUAUUAUAUUUGGUAUAUCUUAUACUAUGUCUCUCUACAUCAUCAUAUUGUUGGGGGGAUGUAACGGAGUGGACCUUGUUGGAUAAAACACCAGCAGAGUAAGCAUUUUCUGUAGUUCCUUUAUUUCCUAUUGGUAUCAGGUCACAUGACACCCCUUUUUAAGUAUGUAAAGCAAAUUCAACAUCUCUGUCAUUCAGUUACUUAAAUUAUAACAACAAGCUUACUGCUAUUCAGUUAUCACUAGAUAUAAGAUAACAUAAAUUAUUUUAAACAUAAACCCCAGCAGUGAGCUGCCACUGUCCUACACGAGAUUCACAAAUUACCGUCCCGUGACUGUGUAUCUUUAACUCUUUUAAGCCCCUGUGACUGUCAAAUUAGCUACAAUGCUGCACUGGGUUGACAGUUUCAUCAAGGAACCGCUUGUAAGCACCAUUACCAGUUAUGGUUGAAAAAAGUUUUGUUUUAGAUGCUGUGUAUACAUUUAAUCAACAGAGACAUCACAUUUGGGAUACUCCUUAUUCUUGAUUAUGUUUUUAGUUUGUGGUUUGCUACAUACAGCAUCUGGGUGAGUGGGGCUAAUUUAUUCUUACCACUAUACAUGGGUUUUAGUGGUAAUGAAUGGUUAUUAAGUACUUCCAAGCCUGUCCCCCACCCUCAAAAGCUACACUGGUCUAAUAUUAUAACCUCUUGUACACUGUUAUUGGUUAUAUAUGUUAAAUUGCUACAUUCAUUUUGCAACAUAUACUUUCUGAUACAUUGCAUAACUCAUUUGAUACUUGUUUAGACAGCAUUUUAUCAUCUCUAUCAUGACAUAUUCAGAACUAGUUUUCACAGUUUGAGGGAGUAUUUUAAGGUUUAAUCCAAUAGUGCACUUGUAGAUAGAGCAUAUCUUUUUAUAAUUAUAUUGCCCUUACCCUUUUCAGCUUUAGUCACAUGAUAUGAAAGAAGGACUUUAUUCAAUAAAUGUAUCAAGGUGUUUUAAUCAGAUGAAAGGACAUUUGAUCUUUAUUUUUAUCAAGUUGUAAAUAAAAGUUAUAUUUUACACCUUUUCAUUAAAUUCUAAGGGGAUAACUUGCCAUGUGCACAAUAUAAUGGAGAAACAACAACCCACAUUUUUAGUGCUUCACUCAACAGGGGAAGAGGUGAAGCAACAGCGUUAUUUUACCAUGGACAUAACCACUAUUGAGAGCACUUUAGGAGUAUAUAAGACCCACACCUGCUCUCACACGUGUUAUUCACAACAGACAUAUUUUAUAGGAUUCUAACAUUCAAAACAAAUAACUCAAGAACUUUCUCAACUUAAACUAUGUUUUAGGCUUCGUAAUGACAUGUGCUAUCAUCCUGUCGGUUGGGUAUUAAUAAAGGAACAUACCGCCCUUAAUGAUCACUGACCAGAUGAAGUGGUAUUUGAUAUCAAUAUGUUUUCAUUUUUGACAAUAAAAUGGAUUCCUUGAAAAAACAUGAGGCAGGGGUUUUCAAUAUCACUGGAGUGACAAAUCUAAAAAAGAAAUCAGUUCUUUCUUUGGGUAUGGUCAUAUAGACCAGGUUUGCUCCUUACUACAUGAAGCUCUUCAUGCCUUUCUGGGAAUCUCAAUUUUCCUUAAGGUUGCCUAAUUGGGCACAGAGCCUGGUCCUCUACAAAUGUUAUACCAAUAACAUUUUUAUGAUUUGAGAGGUAUAUGUGGAAUAUUUUAAUUUAUUUUUGGAUUAACUCUAUCUUAAUGUUGGGGGAUUAAUUUGGACUCCUUGUGGAAAGGCAAAUAAAAAAGGAUCUAAGGGGAUUGAUAUAGAUUUGAAUGUGAAACAAGUAGGAAAUAUGCAUAGGUAGAAAACAAUACUCAAAUAAAAAAUAAAAGAAGGACACACCAAGGAUACAGGUUCAUUUAUCAGCAAUUUUAACAAUGAGACUAAGCCUAUACAUCAUAUUAUUAGGAAAUAUUGGUCAAUUCUAAAGAACCCACAUUUAACAGAUAUUUUAGAAACUUAAUAGAGGAAUAAAACAUUUAAAUUAUAUUUUGGUGCAUUGCUUAAGCGCAGACUUAAUAUUUUUUCAAUUAAAAUAUUUCUUUUAUUAUUGUGUUCAAUGUCUACCAGGUAAACACUUGAAUAUAAAGAAAUCAUAUUCAUUAAAAAGAAUCAUAAAAUGUCCUAUAUAAAAACAAUACUUACCUGUCAUAGUAAGAACAUUGCUGUCUUUUUCCCAUCUGCUGCUCCAUAAAGUUUUUCUCUAGUUUAGAUUUAGAUUCCAAAUUUACGAUGUUUUUAAUUAGGUAGGAUGCUGUGUCGACCAUCAGCCCUUCUGAGAUUAACCCAUUUAGUUGGUAAGUUCUGAUUUUAAAGGCAUUUGAGUGUCUUUUAUUGUUAUCUUCCACUUAUUUCUACGUUUUGCACCUACAACCUGCAUCUCUGUGUGUCAAGCUCACUACAGUAACUUCACCACAGUAUAAAACUGUCUUACAUGUCUUAGAUUUUUUUUAUGCUUGUGUUUAUAUUAAAUUACUUGGAUAGCUUUUGAUAUGUUUUAACUGCAAUCAUGGAAAAUGUAUAUUUAGUACUGCAAAAGAUGAUUGUCUAGUUAGUAUUAUAAUUGUUUAGUUAGAAAAUGUUUAUUAAUAUUUGUUAUAUUUUCUCUAACAUCUUGUCAUUAAACGUUAUCUUUUGCUGCACUCUGACUGAUUCUCAUUUGGUCAUUACUGUUAGGAAAUAUCUCUGCCAAAAUACCUUAUGCAGCUAAUACUCUAAAUUAUAGCUAUACAAAAUUAAAGGGUUGGUUUUGAAAACUUGCAAAUAUAUGUGGGCUUCCAGUAACUCUAUUGUUAAUGUCACUAGGUAAUGUCUAUUGUUAGUGUAACUAGGUUACACCAGGAUACGUGCCUGGUGGUCAUCUUGAUGCUCUUUGAAGCACAUAGUCGGCAGCCAUUCUGGUGCUCCUGAAGGUUUAACACAGUAGUUAUCAUGAAACCCUUUGAAUUGAUGAAACUUAUUCACCCAAAACCUCAAACCACAACAAUGUGUCAGUGUGUUUAUAUGUGUGUAGCUGUGUACAUAUAUAUAUAUAUAUAUAUAUAUAUAUAUAUAAAGAUUUGUUAGUAAAGACGGACCCUAUACACUGCUAUGAGGACAAACAGGGUUUUGUCAAUUUUGGUUGCUACAAGUGCUUGGGCUGUGUCACUUGUGGGCACAUGCUAUCUGGCAAAUCGUUCACCCAUCCCCACACAGGAAAGAAGUACAUCAUUAGGCAUCGAUUAACUUGCACUACUGAUUAUGUAGUAUGCAAGCUAACUUGCCCUUGCGGGCUUACGUACAUCGGCAAGACGGACCUGCCCAUGCGCGAACGUAUUCGCAACCAUAGAUCUAGUAUAAGGGUGGCGUAUAUAGAUCAAAAAUCGGACUUGCCGGUGGCUAAACAUUUCUUGGAGAAAGGACAUACGCUUCCGACUUUAAAACUCAUGGCAAUUGACCAUAUACCACCUCUUAGGAGGGGAGGCGACCGUAAGAAAAUGUUAUUACAACGAGAACUUUAUUGGAUUAGAACUUUGAGAACAGUAUAUCCUGAAGGUCUGAAUGAGAAAUAUACCCUUUCUGCAUUUCUAUAAAUGUUUAUGUUUUAAGUAGUGACAAUGAGAUGAGCUAUGUGAUGCCCACCCUGGGGGAUAGGCAUACAUUCCUAUGCUUCUCUCGUAACUAUGUGUGUUUAUUCAUUAUGUGGGGUGGCAUGCUCUAGUAUAUGUAUUAUGAUUUCCUUGUUCAAUAUUUGGUGAGGGUCAAACUUUAUCAAGACCAUUAGGGGGCACUACUGCUUAGUAUAGUGUUAUGUUGUAUCAUUAACUAACUGUGCUAUUCUUUUGAUGUACAUGAGAUGUUUAAAAGAACUUGUAUUAUUUCCCCAUAUAAUAGUCAUGCAAUGUAGUUUGUUUUAGGAUUUUCAUGCUGACUCUGCAAUUGAUCUACUUAAGUUUUGAACAAUGUUGGUACAUGCAAAGAUCUGGAACAUUUAUGGGGGCUGCAAUGUCCCUCAUGUAUGCAAAUAUCAUUUUGAAGGAAUAUUAAUCUUUAGAUUUCCAAAUUUAGACAUGCAAUUACUGGCUACUACAGAUUUAAAGAUGAUAUCCUAAUAUUAUGGAAUUGGAGGCAAUUUAAUGACUUGCCCACUCCCAUUAACGUAUCCUCUCAGAUGAGUGAAGAAAGUAUUCCAUUAUUUGCAUUUGGAGAUUUUUCCUAAAAAAUGCACAUUUGAAGUGUACAUGGACCAAAAUAGUAUAUUACAUAUACACCCAUGUGCACACACAUCAUCUUAAAAACCAUUACCUCACUCUCAAUUUCUUCAGUAGUAGGAAAUAGCUUGAAUGGAGAGAGGAGAAACGAUGCAUAAUUAAUUUCUGAACAGAGUCUAUCAUCAAAAGGACUCACAGGUAGCCCCCGUAAAGGACAAGAAUUGUGCUCUUUGCUUCACAUUUCUAGUAUCUUGCAAGAACCUAGCACAGCAUGGUUUAUAUAGUUAGUGGUGUAGUUAGAUAUUUUUACCUCUUUUUUGAUUUCUUUUAUUCCUUCCAUUAUUAUAUUUGGUAUAUCUUAUACUAUGUCUCUCUACAUCAUCAUAUUGUUGGGGGGAUGUAACGGAGUGGACCUUGUUGGAUAAAACACCAGCAGAGUAAGCAUUUUCUGUAGUUCCUUUAUUUCCUAUUGGUAUCAGGUCACAUGACACCCCUUUUUAAGUAUGUAAAGCAAAUUCAACAUCUCUGUCAUUCAGUUACUUAAAUUAUAACAACAAGCUUACUGCUAUUCAGUUAUCACUAGAUAUAAGAUAACAUAAAUUAUUUUAAACAUAAACCCCAGCAGUGAGCUGCCACUGUCCUACACGAGAUUCACAAAUUACCGUCCCGUGACUGUGUAUCUUUAACUCUUUUAAGCCCCUGUGACUGUCAAAUUAGCUACAAUGCUGCACUGGGUUGACAGUUUCAUCAAGGAACCGCUUGUAAGCACCAUUACCAGUUAUGGUUGAAAAAAGUUUUGUUUUAGAUGCUGUGUAUACAUUUAAUCAACAGAGACAUCACAUUUGGGAUACUCCUUAUUCUUGAUUAUGUUUUUAGUUUGUGGUUUGCUACAUACAGCAUCUGGGUGAGUGGGGCUAAUUUAUUCUUACCACUAUACAUGGGUUUUAGUGGUAAUGAAUGGUUAUUAAGUACUUCCAGGCCUGUCCCCCACCCUCAAAAGCUACACUGGUCUAAUAUUAUAACCUCUUGUACACUGUUAUUGGUUAUAUAUGUUAAAUUGCUACAUUCAUUUUGCAACAUAUACUUUCUGAUACAUUGCAUAACUCAUUUGAUACUUGUUUAGACAGCAUUUUAUCAUCUCUAUCAUGACAUAUUCAGAACUAGUUUUCACAGUUUGAGGGAGUAUUUUAAGGUUUAAUCCAAUAGUGCACUUGUAGAUAGAGCAUAUCUUUUUAUAAUUAUAUUGCCCUUACCCUUUUCAGCUUUAGUCACAUGAUAUGAAAGAAGGACUUUAUUCAAUAAAUGUAUCAAGGUGUUUUAAUCAGAUGAAAGGACAUUUGAUCUUUAUUUUUAUCAAGUUGUAAAUAAAAAUUAUAUUUUACACCUUUUCAUUAAAUUCUAAGGGGAUAACUUGCCAUGUGCACAAUAUAAUGGAGAAACAACAACCCACAUUUUUAGUGCUUCACUCAACAGGGGAAGAGGUGAAGCAACAGCGUUAUUUUACCAUGGACAUAACCACUAUUGAGAGCACUUUAGGAGUAUAUAAGACCCACACCUGCUCUCACACGUGUUAUUCACAACAGACAUAUUUUAUAGGAUUUUUAUUUUAGAAACUUAAUAGAGGAAUAAAACAUUUAAAUUAUAUUUUGGUGCAUUGCUUAAGCGCAGACUUAAUAUUUUUUCAAUUAAAAUAUUUCUUUUAUUAUUGUGUUCAAUGUCUACCAGGUAAACACUUGAAUAUAAAGAAAUCAUAUUCAUUAAAAAGAAUCAUAAAAUGUCCUAUAUAAAAAUAAUACUUACCUGUCAUAGUAAGAACAUUGCUGUCUUUUUCCCAUCUGCUGCUCCAUAAAGUUUUUCUCUAGUUUAGAUUUUGAUUCCAAAUUUACGAUGUUUUUAAUUAGGUAGGAUGCUGUGUCGACCAUCAGCCCUUCUGAGAUUAACCCAUUUAGUUGGUAAGUUCUGAUUUUAAAGGCAUUUGAGUGUCUUUUAUUGUUAUCUUCCACUUAUUUCUACGUUUUGCACCUACAACCUGCAUCUCUGUGUGUCAAGCUCACUACAGUAACUUCACCACAGUAUAAAACUGUCUUACAUGUCUUAGAUUUUUUUUUAUGCUUGUGUUUAUAUUAAAUUACUUGGAUAGCUUUUGAUAUGUUUUAACUGCAAUCAUGGAAAAUGUAUAUUUAGUACUGCAAAAGAUGAUUGUCUAGUUAGUAUUAUAAUUGUUUAGUUAGAAAAUGUUUAUUAAUAUUUGUUAUAUUUUCUCUAACAUCUUGUCAUUAAACGUUAUCUUUUGCUGCACUCUGACUGAUUCUCAUUUGGUCAUUACUGUUAGGAAAUAUCUCUGCCAAAAUACCUUAUACAGCUAAUACUCUAAAUUAUAGCUAUACAAAAUUAAAGGGUUGGUUUUGAAAACUUGCAAAUAUAUGUGGGCUUCCAGUAACUCUAUUGUUAAUGUCACUGGGUAAUGUCUAUUGUUAGUGUAACUAGGUUACACCAGGAUACGUGCCUGGUGGUCAUCUUGAUGCUCUUUGAAGCACAUAGUCGGCAGCCAUUCUGGUGCUCCUGAAGGUUUAACACAGUAGUUAUCAUGAAACCCUUUGAAUUGAUGAAACUUAUUCACCCAAAACCUCAAACCACAACAAUGUGUCAGUGUGUUUAUAUGUGUGUAGCUGUGUACAUAUAUAUAUAUAUAUAUAUAUAUAUAUAUAUAAAGAUUUGUUAGUAAAGACGGACCCUAUACACUGCUAUGAGGACAAACAGGGUUUUGUCAAUUUUGGUUGCUACAAGUGCUUGGGCUGUGUCACUUGUGGGCACAUGCUAUCUGGCAAAUCGUUCACCCAUCCCCACACAGGAAAGAA